CACUGGAGAGCGAUGAUCGGCUAAUCCGGUUCACUUGAGCCUAGACGGGGUGACCGGCUGCAGCCGGUGGGCCGAUAAACCCGGGUAGAAAGGGGUGGACCGUACGGGUAGAGGGGGUGUAUAUGGAGGGGUGGUAUGCGCAAGUCGUUUCCAAUGGCAGUUGGUAAGCAUUGAGUGUGUUUCCUCUGCUUUCUCCUCUGUUCUGUUCCCACUCUCUCUGCUUCAGUCUCUGUCUCUGAUUGAUUAGAGUUCCAGAUUCAUAUCGCUUUCUCUCUCUCUCUCUCUCCCCCUCUUCACUUACGUGAGUUGCGCAUUUGCGUCUCCGAGCUUCAAUUCGCCUCUUUUUCCUCGCAGAUCCGAUUCGUUUUGGAUAAAUUUGGCCCCGGAAACCCCUGGUUCUGUGGUUUUUCGUUCUCGGGAGGGCAUGCAUUUCGCGAUUUGAGCAGGUUUCUUGUUCACAGGUCUUGCGUGGCGUCACUAUGGCUAAAAGAGCAGGUUAAUGAUGAGCACACUUUUGAUCUGAAGCUAAACCCUUAUUUAUUACCAUCGACCUGAGUCCGUGAAUCAGUAGGAGUCACAGCUACUUCAUCCCAUUUAGCGUUUCUGGGAGCUCGCGAACUAAUUGGAAGAUAAAUUGGAUCAAGGAAUUUCAGGGAAAGUCACUGGAAAAGAACACUUACAGAAGAAGAUGGUCUUUUUGUUGUGUAGCAAUCAAACCAGUUACUGGGUUUUGCUACAUUUGGGGGUUGAGAGAGUUGGAUUAUUAUAGAAAUCAAUUUUAUGGCAUUGCUUCUUUGAUUGUUGAUUUGGGUUCGUUUAAUUCGAACUUCCGGACUGAAAAUAGUUGGGGAGAAAUUGAAAUUUGCAGCGAGAAAAUGCUGGAGCCUGAGCUCUGUUCUUCACGGGUUCUGUCUCCUUUUCGUGAGGAAAGCGGUGAUGAAGAGCUCUCUGUUCUUCCGAGGCACACCAAAGUUAUUGUCACUGGAAACAACAGAACAAAGUCCGUCUUGGUGGGUUUGCAAGGCGUUGUCAAGAAAGCUGUUGGCCUCGGUGGUUGGCAUUGGCUUGUUCUGAAGAAUGGGGUUGAAGUUAAGCUUCAAAGAAAUGCCUUAAGCGUGUUGGAACCUCCCACUGGAAAUGAAGAAGAUGAAGAUAAUGAUUUUGAUAACUCUAGCAGUAGUUCUGACAUUGGCGAGAAGGACAAUGAUUUCUCCAGUAGUGUUGAGUUCCACAAACUGAGCAAGCCACGAGUUCGAAAUACAAGGCCAUGGACUACAUCUGCAUCGGCAAAGUCAGUGAAUCGUGGUAGUUACAGAGAAGUUCAAUCUAGCAUGCAUGCACCUCAACCGAGGGUGAACUUGGCAAAAUUAGGAAGCAACUCACUUUGGAGAUACUGGAGACGCUUCAACCUAGGAAGCAUCAAUCAUAAUCCAUCCAAGGAACAGAUGAUUAAUGCAGUGCAGCGGCAUUUUGUGUCACAGGUCUCUCUCUCUCUCUCUCUCACACAUAGACCAACAUGCUUGGAACCAUGGGACGAAAAAAAAAAAAAAAAAAACCUGGAGAAAACUGAUGCUAUAUCUGUUUUGUUUUUUUAUAAUGUUUUGGUAUUCAGCAGCAAUUGGAUGAGAUUCAAGUGAUCGUGGAAUUCAUUCAUGCCGCCAAGAGACUGAAGACCUUUGAUGCACAAAGAGAGUGAGAGUGUGGAUGUAAGCUCUUGUAUAAUUAAAUUAUAUGUAUACAUGUGUAGUCUAACCUCUAGAACCAAACCCUAAUUCUGAACUGCUAUAGGAGAGAAGAGAGAGGAUGAUUGGCCAUGUGUCCUAUAUAUCCCAUCUCUCCCGGAUCCUAAUCCCUCAAUCCCCUAACCCUUGUCUGUACGAUGGAACUCAGCACCCAGCUAGUUAAUAUCAUAGCCUAAUUUCCUCUGGUGCA